GAGAGAGGGGAAGAUAGAUAAAGUUCUUGUUUAAUUGCUUGGAUGACUAUGAAUAUAGAGGCGAAAUUCCAGAGAAGCAAGAGACUGACUCGACCAAAAUAAUUUUAUUAAUUUUUCGUAAGAUGUCUGUCUUCCGAAAGUCAAUAGUCAACACUAAAUCUGUGAAUAUAUAAUAUAAUGGAGAAAGAUUAGUAGCAUUUAUAUAUAUAUAAUAUAAAAUUAAGUUUCUUCAUAUAUAUGGAAUUACAUAAACUACGAAAAACCUGUGACACAAAUUUAUGAAUUCAAUGUUUCCCUUCCAAGUCUGACAAAUACAGAAGUGUGAAAAGAUGAGAUAGUAAAAAAUAAAUGAGAGAGAGAGAGAGCUGAUGAGGCAAGGGAAUGUAAGGAAAGAGAGUAGGAGGAUUGUGAGAAUGUUUAAAUACUUGUUGCUGGCCAACUUCCGCUAUGCCCAUCAAUGGUAAGGCCGUGCCAGUCGCUGGGAUUGGUUGUACAUACUACUGUCGAUUCGGCUGUCUAUUAGCAAGAAUACAGAACUAAUAAGAAUUAAAAUGUCAUCCAAACUUAAAAAGAUUAUCGAUGAAAACAAGGAACAUGACAAUCCUGAACUUGAUCUUGUUGAUCGAUCUAUCACUGAUCUCAACGAUGUCCCGGGACUAUUAAACCUUGAGCAUCUUACCAGAUUGACAUUGAGUCACAAUAAAUUAACAGAAGUUCCUCCUGAAAUUCUCGGUUUGAUUAACAUAGAAAAACUUAAUCUCUUUAAUAAUCACAUAGAGAUUUUACCAACUAAUAUGUCAAAUUUAACAAAGCUGAAAACAUUGAAUCUAGGCAUUAACCGAUUGAAAAUACUCCCACGUGGAUUUGGUGCCUUUCCUGUUUUGGAAGUCCUUGAUCUUACUUACAACUUUCUCACAGAGAACAGUUUACCUGGCAACUUUUUUUGUUUAGAAACACUGCGUGCCUUAUAUCUUGGUGACAAUGAUUUUACAUUUAUUCCUCCUGAGAUAGGAAAGUUUCAAAAUUUGCAAAUUUUGUCUUUAAGAGACAAUGAUCUUCAUACCCUUCCAAAAGAAAUAGGCAACCUUCAACGCUUAAGGGAAUUAUAUAUUCAAGGAAAUCGGCUGAGCACUUUACCACCUGAACUAGGUCAACUUGAUUUAUAUGGAACAAAACAAAUUUUUCGGUGUGAAAACAACCCAUGGGUAGCCCUGAUUGGCGACCAGCUUCAGAUUGGUGUAUCACAUGUAUUUGAAUAUAUCCGCUCUGAUAAAUACAGAUAUUUGUAUGGUCGUCACAUAGAAGCUAAGCCUGAACCAGCACAACGGAAAACAGAACGGCCCAAAAAAUAUUCCAAAAAGUGAAACUGAAAAGCCUGAAUUUCUAAAACUGCUAUAUAGCCAAAUGUAUCUAUUUUUUUUCUUCAGCUAAGUGAUCUAAAUAUUUAGCCACUGAAACAUUGUUUUCUAUAUAAGAUAUCAAACCAACCAGCCAUCCCUAUAUAUUAUAUACAUAUAUGCAUGCGAGCUCAUGUUUCAUCUUCAGAAUAGAAUGGGACAAAAAUACAUCAAAUACUUUUGCCAAAACUAAUUGUAAUAAACACUUUCAGAACUCAUCUAGAAAAUUGCUUGAAAUUUUUUUAAACAAUGAAACAGUUGUAAUCUGUACAGUAAUAAAUAAAAAUUGUCACCAAAUGACAAACUUCGAA